AUGCGAGACCUGGGAAUACCAAUGACACCUAUAGGCCUUGUACGUAGGAUAUCAGAAAACUACCGAGCUAGCUACGGGGCGAGUCAGGGUCGAGCCAGGGUCGGAGCCGAUACGGAGACCCUUCGGAUAGGUUCCGGGGCGACCCGAGAUGGAACGAUUCAUGAGAAUCAGUUGACUGUAGCUGGAUUUGAUGUGCCUGCUGCACCUUCGGAAGCAAUUCUGACCUUGGCCUCAAAAACAAAUGUCAGAACGAAGAAGCCCGUUGUCCUUCUCCCUUCACUUCGAUCUUCCCAGAAAAGGAGGAUGGAGUUGACUUCAAUUGAAGAAUUAAAGAGAGGAAAGCUCGAGGAUGAGAGAAAUGAUGUCCGCACUCCCUCCGUUUUCCUCCUCCAGGGAUCACCAGUCACCCUCCCUGCCACUUGGCUUUCCAUCUUAGACAUUAGUGACUUUCAGGGCCAGUCAGCAUGCAUUUCGCAGCUCAUCUUGAUCAGCGACCUGCAAGAUAGUUUGCAGGGUGGUCGAGGCACAGUAGCAAUGGAGUCUGAAACUUCUUUCACCGUUCGCUUUAUGACCAUCUUACUGGAGUCGUUGGUCAUUGUCAAAGUUAUGGGUUUGAUGGAAACCGGGCUCGCUGCGCCUUCUAUACUUCAUAUUCUCCUCUCCUCUCCGUACGCAAUUUUUGCAGUCCGUCCUUUUGCCGAUCAGUGUGGUGUCAUAUGCGCUAAUUUAGCUCAGCCUUGCUUCGCCCCAAGAUCCGGUACCAACGUUCCCACUCGUGGCAAAAUCACGCAGGCAGCUGCCCACUGUUUCAAGGGUUUAACACCUCAACGUUUUAGCCACAUUCAGAUCGACCAAUCUCCACGAAGUCAUGGGGUUCGUUUGCAGGUGUCUAUAUCUCGGUACCUAGUCCUAGUUAGAUGCUUCAUACUCACACUCCAUCUAAACAUCAUCAAUUUGCUCUUCCUUCCUUCAUUCAUUUCUGGCUCAAACAUCUCAGCAUCAGCUUCCAACUGUCUUCGUUCCCGCCUAGUGGAGAAGAGGAGGAACGUGCGGAAGCCAUGGACCAAGAGGGGCAGAGGACCUCCCCGGCGUUGGACCGCAUCUUUGCAGAAAAAGCUCGUCAUGCUCCGUCUAUGUGGCCUUCAGCUCCGCGAGAUCCUGGAGAUCUUCAACGAACUUAAUCUAAUGUGUGAAGGCACGUACAAGGCAAAAGAACGGCGUGCCCAACAGCUACUCCGGGAGCUUCUCUCGGAUGGGCCCCUAGUGAAAACGUCUAAACCAUGGCAGAAGGAACCAUAUCGUCGGUUCUGCUCAACCAGCAAGGCGAAUACUCGACAGCGAGUCAAAUUUCUCAGGUUCCAGGCUUUCCGCAACUGUAACAGCAGAGUAGGGAAGAUAACUUUUGCCUCUCAGCAUGCGCCAGGAAUGCAAACGGAUUCCAUCCAGCUCAGUACGACCCAUUCCUUGGGUGAAUUCAAUCCUGCAGCUGCAGGGACUGCCAAUCUCCCGUUCACAACCGCGGAUAGCACGCAACAUCUGGGCGACUCUGGUGUGCCUGACAUGACUCGACCUCGACCUAACCUCAUUGAUGCUCUUCGAAAUGAAACAAUUAAUCCGCAAUCUGUAUCAGGGAAUUCGACUAGCCGCAGUUCAUCUGAUAGACCCAAUUCCCGACGCAGUUCAGGAAUCGGAGAGAUAUUAGAAAGGACAAGCUUCACCUCGUCUCUCAGAUCUGACAUCGCGAGCCUGCUGCGCAAGAGAUUCUCCAGCAGCACCGUGGCAACAUCUACCAUUGGGCUACAAGAGGAGCCUCCAUCAACAGAAUUGGCUACAUCACACAUGGCAGAUGGGCUCGGCCCUGAACCCGAGCAGCCAAACACUAGUCAGAUACCCAGCGAGGAAGACUUUGCCUUACAGGACGAAAUUCUACGCAUUAUGGCUAGACAUCGCCGAAAAGGCGAACAGGCAAAUACUUCUCUAAUUCAGAGUUGUUGCAUUGGCACGACCUGGAGGCUCACUGGAUGCAUUCACCGGCAUAUCCAAGAUCAGAUUGAAAGUGGAUAUCUCUCUACCCGGAUGCUUCUCGGACUUCCCUGCAAGUGGGACGCCUUAUUCUUUGCCGCGCGGAUUGGAGCCCCUGCUACUAUCAUCUUCCAACUUAUAGAUAGUACUUUGUCGGUGAACACGACUAACGACGACGGCCAGACUUUCCUCUUUGUCCUAGACCCAAGGGGCCUACGCAAUGCAAUCUGCACCUGUAGAAUGGCAGCGCUAUCAUCGCGUCUAGGUAUCAUUGCGCGCCGUGGGCGCGAACAAAAGCUUUUCGCAAAACAUUCAUCGGCUUUUGAAUGCUUGAUCCAUCAGUUGGAACGCCGGUCAUUCAAUUUUGACCAAAUCGACCACGAAGGACGCCAUUUUCUGAUGUUUCUUUGCGCGUCGGCAUCAUUCGAUCUUCGCUGUUUAAUUGCCCUUGGAAAACGAAGUCGAGAAUGGGAACAAAGACUGCAACAACUUUCCACCUACCGCGACAACGCAGGCAUGUUCUUUGUUGAUUUCCUGGAGUCACACCCUGAUUACUCUUGUUAUAUCAACGAGCUGGCCCCUUUGGGCCCCAUAUGCCCGCGAUUGAUAUACAAAGGAGAUGGGUCAGGGCUUACGAGAAUACUAGGUGGGGAAGAUGACUAUGGGCGCUCUUGGCUACACAAACUUCUCCAGACUUGCGACUCCUCCCUAAUUCCUGGGCGCAUAUUUGCCAAAGAAGAACACAAAUGCGAUAUCAAUAAAUACGACAAUACAGGCCAAACCCCGCUCAUGGGGUUUCUCAACUCUGCAGUCGGACGUUCAGUCAACGAGCCACUGGAACUUGGCUUCAUCCAGAAGCUGAUAGAGUGGAGCCCCAACAUCAAUAUCAAUGCUCGAUCGCGAGACGGCAGCACGGUGCUCCAUUUCGCCGCUAAAGCAUCUUUACCAAUGAUAUUAAUGUUUCUGGUUUCCAAGGGAGCAGUUGUCAACCAAAGGGACGCCACAGGCAAAAGCGCGCUUGAUUAUGCAGCAGAGAGCUUAGACCAGAGUAGAAGCUCGGGAGCACCUGCCAGCUUUACUGCGAGGUCAAUGAAAUGUAUUACAAUUUUAUUUAACCAUGGCGCGGUGUCCACAGACGAAGGGGAACAUAAUACACUAGCUUCAACAUCCAAGUCCGAGCGAAUUCCAUGA